UACGAGCCGGGCGCGGAGCGGCCCCGCGCGGCCCCGUGGCAGCCCCGGCGCUGGCGGCAGCAGCUCGAGCGCAUCCGGCACAUGCGGAGCCGCCGCGACGCGCCCGUGGACCGCAUGGGAGUGCAGACGUGCUGUGACAGCGGCGCGGCGCCGCAGGUUAUGCGCUACCAGGUUCUGCUGUCGCUGAUGCUCUCCAGCCAGACCAAGGACGAGGUGACGUCGGCAGCCAUGCAGCGCCUGCGCCAGCGGGGCCUCACGGUCGACAGCAUUUUGCAGAUGGACGAUGCGACGCUCGGGCAGAUCAUUUAUCCCGUGGGAUUCUGGAGGACCAAGGUGAAGUACAUAAAGCAGACGACAGCCAUCCUGAAGGAGCAGUACGGGGGCGACAUCCCGAGCACCGUGGAGGAGCUGGUGAAGCUGCCGGGAGUCGGCCCCAAGAUGGCCCACUUGGCCAUGCACAUUGCCUGGAACAGGGUGACCGGGAUAAGUGUGGACACCCACGUGCACAGAAUCACAAACAGGCUGAAGUGGGUGAAGAAGGAGACGAAAUCCCCGGAGGAAACGCGGCUGGCACUGGAGGACUGGCUGCCCAGGGACCUCUGGAAGGAGAUAAACUGGCUCUUGGUGGGCUUUGGCCAGCAGACCUGCCUGCCCGUGAAUCCCCGCUGCGGAGAGUGCCUCAAUCGGGACAUCUGCCCAGCCGCCAAGAGACGCUGAGGGACGGCGCAGCCCUCGCAGGGCACGAGCUGCUCCACGCAGCAGCCAGCCCCGGCUGAGCCCUGGAGGGCUGCUUUGGAUGGGGACGAAUGUGACCUGGGGACGAGGAGCCGCUUGCAAGGACUCGGCUCUCGGGACGGCCCGAGCGCCUGGAAGAGCGCGGCCGUCCCGCUGCGCCCACGCGGGCAGCUCCAGCUCUGGUGGGUGCCCCUGCCUGCCCCAGAGCAGCCG